AUUUUAUUCCUCUGAAAUAGUGGAACAUAUCUCUCCCCACCUUCUCAUCACCAUCAUCGCCAUAACUAUUUUAGGGUUUAAUUGAUUAUUGAUUACCCUACAUAAACCCUAUCCCCAAAAAGCUAAACAGGGGGGCAGAUUUUUAUUUUAUUUCUCCGAUAAAAUAAUCCCCCAAUUACUCUCUGUCCGUAUAGCUCCUUUUCUCCCUCUCUAUAAAUUUCCCAACCCCUUUGAGGCUUUGACCAUCGUACCAUUGUAACAGAACACCACCGCCCUCUGGCCGCCUGCCUUUUUGAAAUUAUAAAGCAGACCUUUCUCUUUCACCUUCUCCUUUUCUCUUACUCCUCUGGAGAAAUAUUUUUGUCAGCUUUAAUGGUUACGUACACGUUUAACCGUCUUCAUUUGCGCGCAUAAACGCGGAGGUAUUGGUGUUUAAGUUGGAGUUAUCCUUUAGCCCCCCAUUUGCGCCUUUUCCCCCCUUUUCUUCAUCUCUCUCUCAAAUCUCGAUAAUAAUUUUGAUCUGAAGGCUGAGAUUGUCUCGUCAACCAAUUUUUAGCUGGGGACCUUUUGUCAGUGCUAUCUCUAGCAAGAGAACCUGAAUAACUGAUAAUACUAGCUAUGGAACUCAAUGGUCACAGGCGAGGCAGACAGAAGGAUCUUUUUGCCUAUCAAAAUGGUGAGUUGAGCACGUCGAGUAGUGAAGAUGACCUUGAUCCCUGGACUGCCUGGGCUUACAAGCCUCGCACCAUAACAUUUUUACUAAUCGGUGCAUGCUUUCUUGUAUGGGCUAGUGGAGCACUUGAUCCUGAACGUACUUCAGAAACUGAUCUUGUUACUACAGUGAAAAGGGGUUUAUGGGCUAUGAUUGCUGUGUUCCUUGCCUACUGCUUGUUUCAAGCGCCUUCUCCUGUUCUGAUCCGGCCACAUCCUGCAAUUUGGCGCCUUGUUCAUGGAAUGGCUGUCAUUUAUCUUGUCGCACUAACGUUUCUCCUUUUCCAGAAGCGUGACGAUGCACGGCAGUUCAUGAGGUUCCUGCAUCCUGAUCUUGGUGUUGAGCUUCCUGAGAGGUCUUAUGGUGCUGAUUGCCGAAUAUAUGUGCCCGAAAAUCCCUCAAGCAGGUUUAAGAAUGUUUAUGAUACACUUUUUGAUGAGUUUGUUCUGGCACAUAUUCUUGGAUGGUGGGGGAAAGCUAUAAUGAUUCGUAAUCAGCCACUGUUGUGGGUGCUUUCUAUCGGAUUUGAGUUAAUGGAGGUAUUUGGGCAGGAAUGCGUACUGUUCGGUACUUUGAUGGUAAAACUUAUGAAUGGGUUGGUUAAAAGAACACUAGGUCAAUUUACACCUGCCAGGUGGGAUAAAGACGAAUGGCAUCCCCUUCUUGGCCCCUUUCGAUUUAUUCAAGUUUUGAGCCUUUGCAUUAUUUUCUUGACUGUGGAACUCAACACGUUUUUUCUCAAGUUUUGCCUUUGGAUUCCUCCUCGAAACCCUGUCAUAAUCUAUAGGUUGGUUUUGUGGUGGCUUAUAGCAAUACCCACAAUUCGUGAGUACAAUUCGUACUUGCAAGACAGAAAAACAGUAAAGAAAGUUGGAGCAUUUUGCUGGCUCUCGCUUGCUAUUUGCAUUGUUGAGCUCCUUAUUUGUAUUAAGUUUGGACAUGGAUUAUUCCCUAAUUCAAUGCCCAAAUGGUUGGUUGUAUUUUGGUCGUUUGCUGGGACUGUGAUUGUCAUUUUCUUGGCUGCAUGGUCAUGGCAACAACUGCACAGAUCAAUAAAGAGAAAGCUGCAAUAAAUUUCUAUUUUGUGAUCCCACAUUCUUAGAUCUUUACGGUUACUAUUAUAUUUUUGGUUCGUUAACGUCAUAUGUGUAAAUACCCACAUUUUUAGUUUUGUAUGUAUAUAUGUUUUCAACUGUUGUAGCUUGUAGGUUACAUCUCUCAUAUAUUAUCAAACUUUAAUUCUUUCAGUGUUGGUUGUUGUUGAAUGUCAAAAUCUUUCUAUGUUCCUCCCUAUGUAGCUGUAUCAGUUGAAACAGAGAAUUAAGACAAUGAGAGCACAUUUUUUCGGCACAUGUUUGGCAUUUUUUUUUGCAGAUUUUUCAUAACAUAUUAAUGAGAUUAGGCUAAAGUGUCGGUUGAGGAGAUAGAAGGAUAGAAGUUUGAGUUUGGC